AGGAGAAAAGCACGUGAUUGUGGACAAAAGGCUGAUCCAGUCGGUUCUCGCGGCGUGAUCUUCGCGUUUGCGAUAAUCGUUUUAAACAAUUUCUGACGUCCGUCCAGUUCCGUUUGUCGUUGACAUUUCAUUAUAAUGGAUCGAUCCGAAGACGUUCCGGUCGACGAGGAAGCUGAGAGUGAUGAGUCGUCGAACGAAGAUGAUGACGAUUCUGACGACGAAGGUGGUGAAGAGGGCGAAGCAGGAGGCUUAGACUCUAGUUCUGAGGACGAGUCGACUGUGAGAUGUCCCAUUUGUCUCGCUAAGUUGCGGGACAAAGUCGUCGGAAAUCCUGAACCUUGCGAUCAUGUUUUCUGCUUGGAGUGCAUCGAUGAAUGGGCCAAGAAUGUAAAUACGUGUCCAAUUGACCGAUUGGAGUUUGACCUCAUCCUCAUCCGCGACGUUCUGGAUGGACCUGUCGUGGGGAACCUUGGUGUCGGUAAAGCAGCUGGGGAAGAACCCCAAGCCGAAUUGAUAGACGUAAAUGACGUGACUCAUUGCGAAGUGUGUGGUGAUAGCGAUCGUGAAGAUCGCCUCCUGCUGUGCGAUGGUUGCGACGCUGGGUAUCACCUAGAAUGCCUCAAUCCGCCGCUCUCCCGUGUUCCGAUUGAAGAGUGGUACUGUCCCGAUUGUGAUCCCGUCGAGCGCCGCACGCGUUUUGCUCGGGAGGCUGGAAUAAAUGAAGCUGAGUUGCUCUCAUUGAUGGAUGCGGGUGACGCGAAUAUGCACAUGAUUGAAAGGAGCCAGCAACAGGAGAGAAGAAUGAGAGCUAUUCCAAGAACGAGGCAUUCUGAGCGAGUUUUGGCAGUUAUUGAUCAGCGCCGGCGUGCCACUGAGUCUUCCGGUCGCCUGUCUCCAAUGUCUGCUGCAAUCGAGGCUGUGGCUUCGGGAGCAGUUCCCAUCCCAAGGUUGACGUGGUGCAGCAAUCCUACUCGUAGGACUCGGAAAGCGCCGAAGCGUCGCAAGCGUGCUACGACCAAGAAACGUGGAACGACUAAAAAGAAGGGCAAGCGUACUACAAAGAAAAAGGGAAGGAAAGCAACCCGGCGUUCCCGGCCCGUUCCUCAAACGAGCAUCACGUCAACAAGGUGUAGGAUCGCAGCCGUGUUGGGUAUCAAAAUCGGCGACGUGGACCCCCGAGUCCGGGGAGGGUCCAGCAGAGGCAACUUUGUGAGACUGACGCCGCCGGAGGCUCGGGUAGGCCCUCGUGGUGCCAUGCCACCCAUUGCCCGUGAAGGUCCGGCAUCCAUGCGAGCUUUGUCCUUGUUGCGAUAUCGCUCAGGAAUACCCAACCUCGACUUGUUCGGCUCCGAACCGUGUCUGGAUCCUAGUGACGAUGAGUUUGACGUCCCAGGACUCGCCCAGCCGUCGUCUUCUGUCCUUUCCCAAAGCCGAGCGUCUUCUUCCUCCUCGGUGAGCGUGUCUCGCCUGAAAAGCGCAGUUGUGGACGAUCCGGCGCGUGAGAACUGCACACCUACCUUUGACGUGCUCGGAUCCAUCCUCAACACUCAGGACAUGCUUUUAUCCAAGUCGUCGCACUUGGUGGUGUCGCGUUACGGGAAAGUGACGGCGACGCGGUCAGUGACCGCCACCCCCACGUCGCCGAACUUGUCAAAUGGCAGCGUGCACCCCAAGAAACGGGCUGUGGCGCAGUAUAGCGGUGAGCCGUCCUCGAGUGGCAGCAGUCCCGACAGCAACGCAGAUUCGUCUCGGUCUGACGGUGCGCCGUCGUCGUCGUCGUCAUCGGGGUCGACUUCUCUGCCGACGGCGGAUCGGAAUUCCACGGAACACGUCGGCACCGGUGGUUCUCCGUCACCGGAUAUAAUGAGAAAGAAACGCGGUUCUGGCGAGCGAGAAAGUAGCCGGGAAACGUCGCCGCACCUGGACUACUCCAACGAGUACCCCCAGUUAUCGCAGCAACGGAAAUCCCCCACACAACCCCGAACUCAAACCCCGCCGCCGGAACGGAAUGAUGAACCAGACGAAGAACCUGCGGAAGAGCCCGACGCGUACAGUGACGCUGAAGUGCACAGCAGCUCUGAUGAAGAAGAGCGCGAAACAGAUUCAAAGAAACCAGACGAAGAAGCACCUCCUGUCGAGGAUAAACGAGCUGAAGAGCCUGAAAAUCCUGCGGAAGAAGAAUGUGUGCAAGAUGUAAACGAUGCUGGGAAUUCUUCUGUAGAACCCCCGACGGAAAACGCAACUGAGGAAACGGAAGAAAACAAGGAAGAGAGCAUCGAAAAAUCCCCUGUUGAAAACGCCGAAUCGUUGGAGUGUAAGAAAAGCAGUCCUUUUCCGAAAGACGCGGAGGACGAAGAUAAACUGCCUAGUAGACCGGAGAGUGAAAAUUCCGGAAAAGAAAAAAUUCCGGUUGACGAUGAUGAGCAAGAAGAGACCCUCACGGAUUCAUUACGAGAGACACAUUUGGGAAAUGAAGAACUUGUUCCAUCGAGCGAGGAACUAGAUGAACGUAUUUCUGCACUUUUAGAGCCUGAAUCUGAGAAGCCCGAAGAAAAGGAACUAGAAACAGAGGUUCACGCAUCACAUGAGACAAAAAUCAUUUCUGAAGAAGCCUCGGGCCCGAAAGAAGCAAUGCUCGACGGAGAAAAUGUGGAAGUUGAGUCGGAAUGUAAGCCUGAUAAUGUAGAAAUCGAGUCGGAAUGCGGGACCAAUACGGAAUUUGAGGCAAAAUUGAGGGCCGAAAAUAUUCCAGAAGAAGGCGAAAUUGACGGAGACGCCGAAUUGUCGAAUCAAGUCGAUAACAUGGUUCCUCCGGACACGGAGAACAUUUCUGACAACAAUGAAAGCAUUGAGUUCAGCUUGAGUGAAGAAGGAGAAAUCAGUGAAGAUGAGGCCAGAUUGAAGCCUUCGUCGCCGCUUCAUGUUCCUCAUUACGCCCCCGCACCCAGAAGAUUUACGCCGCCUCCACCGUAUCCGGAAACCGUGUUGGAAGAUCGACUACAAAUGCUGGAGCAAAACAUGGAACCUUCGCCACAUCGAGAUGGUCAAGAUCCCCUUUGGCGCCGUUCCAACCUUAAACACAAAGAAAGAUCUUACCGAACUGUUACCACCAAAGGUGAGCGGAAAAAGAAGCCGUCGUCGUUGGAAAAAGAACCAUACAACGUGAGACAAAUCGUGGAGAGCAAACGGAAAGGACAAGUUUCGAAUGUUCCUCGCUCAACGUUGAGUCCGUUGAAGCGCAAACUUUCAUUGGAUGAUCAUUCGACGACGACGCCGAGUGUCGCUGAAAAUCUGCCUCGGGGCCCGCGGCGGUCCUUUUCCCCGCGUUCUUGGAGCCGGUCGCCUACACCGCCACCGCCCCGACGUCGGAAGCGGUCGCCGAGCUUCCCUCCGAACCCGCCGGCGUCCGCGGUUGAGCACGACCGCCGUUGGCACUCUCCGCCGCCGCCGUCGUCGUCGACGCCGUCUUCGCGUAAACGACGCGUGUCUCGGAAACGCAAGCGACGGUCGCCGUCUCCGUUGCCCCUGCCGCCGCGGAGAUUCUCGUCGAGUCGGUCGCGCUCGUUUUCCGCGUCUUCGUCUUUCUCGGCAGAAGAGAGGUGGAGAAGGCGAAGCGGUGAAAGGAGGCGGAGGAAGAGGAGGAGCAGUGCAAGUCGGAGCCGGACGGUGGAGAGGAGAAGGUCGACCAGUGGUCGGCGGCGAAGAGGAAGAAAGGGCGGUCGAUCGAGGACUAGAUCGCGGACUAGGUCCAGGUCCGUCUCUUUCUCCAGGUCUGUGUCUUCGUUGAGCCUGCUCUCGGAGCCCGGACGACGGAAUAAACCGAAAAGAAACGACAGGGGUUUUGAAAAACGACGUCGGUCGAGGAGCAGGUCAAGAAGUCGAAGUGUCAGCCGAUCGCGUCGAGGACGACGCCGUUCGAGGACCCGAACUCCACCACGUCAUCGACAGCGAUCUCGCAGUCGAGAAGUGAAUGUUCCCGCAAAAUCCAGUGGGAGCACGAGCAAGAACAAACCCAAGAGCAAGCGGGACCCGGAGAAACCUGCCGUCAAGAGCGCACCAUUGCCAAAGCCUGCCAGUAGUAGUAGUAGUAAUCGCAAGGGUAACAAAGAAACCCCUCCGACCAAGGUAGUGAAGAAGAAGAAGAAAAACAAGGCUGUGUCUGGCCCUGCUCCUCCUGUUCCUGUAGUUGAGACCCCGGCUGUAAAGGAAUUGAAGAAAUCAAAGAAAGUUGUGAAGUCUGCGUCGAAGCAAUCCUCGUCAGUCGCGUCUUCGCAAGUUGUCAGCAAACGCGUGAUCUCCUCCGACAACCGCCUCACUGUCUGCGUCAAUUUCUCGCAACCCGAUAAUCGCAGAUCAAAAUCUUCUUCGCCGAAAACGUCAUCUGCUCCGGUUGCCGCGGGAGACCGAAAGCGGAAGAAGGAGAAGCGCAGUAAGGGUGAGAGUAGCAGCAGCAACAACACUGGGAACAGCAGCAGGAAAGCUGGAGUGAAGGAAAAGCAGGAUGUUCCUCCAGUGUCGUCCUCUGGUAGAGGCGGUGACAUCGGUCUCAGUAGGAGUAAGAGAAGAAAGCGAGACGUGGUUGUCGUGGAUUUGAGUGACAACGAUGGUGGUGAUCGUCACAGUGACGAUGACGAUGUUGUCGUCUUGGAGAAAACUGCGAGCAUUUCGCUGCCGGACUCUCCGCCGCCGGAACGGAGAGCCCCGCGUACGCCGUCCCCGGAAAAGGAACGUCGUCCUCAGACACCCGAAAAGCCGCCGCUGAAGUUCAGUUUGGGAAAAACGCUGGGUUCCAGGCAGAUCCGCGCCAACGUUUUAGGCGACGAUCCUGAUUCGGAACCCGAAGCAGAAGCAAAUCAGGAGUCUCAGGAAAAGCAGACGGUGCCGCCACUUUUGCCACCCCCUGCGGUUCCCUCCGCUCUUUUGUUACCGAUGGCGCCGCAAACCGGAGGACUGUUGGGCGAAAUCAGCAAACUCAUGCUGGCCCGGGAGCGAGCGGCGGUGUUGGAGCGCGAUCGGUUGAAUGCCGCCGUGGCGGCCGCGGCUGCCCAACAACAGCAGCAAACAACCGGCAACGACACUUACGAUCCGUUUGAGCCGACGAGAAGCCCGUCGCCACUCAUGGACGAGGCGGAAGCGAGUCGAGACAGUGCCGGCACUCCUGUGCAGGACGAAGAUCCAGUCUCAAAUUGCCAGUCGCAGCAAGGUAUCGAAAACUCGAUGAAUGACUCUCGAAAAGGAUCGAAGGAAACGGCGACCAUCUCAAUUGUCCCGCUGUCGAGCUUGUGCAGCAGCAGCAACAAUAACAACAACAACGCUAACGCGAUGACAACGGGAGAAUCUAGCCCAAGUGGAGCCGAGACGGACAUGUUUGCGCGUACCCCGGCAGCAUCCCCACCGCCGGAUGGCGUCACAACGCCGGCGCCGCAAUCUUCCACCGUCGCCGCCGCCGCCUCCACCACUUCGACGACGACCAUCAUGUCAGACAACGACGUCAUCACGAUCGACGAUGCGGGUGAUGACGACGUCAACUUGAGCUCUGCGUUGGGAGAAGAAACGGCGAAUAGGAACGGAGUGGAGUUGCGGGUGCGCGGAGAGGAGUUGAUGCAUCCGUCGGUUCAACAACAGGUUCAGCCGUCCGUGGACCUCAGCAGUAUGUUGCAGGCGCAGGCAGUUCCGGUGUCUGAGGUCACCGCUCAGCAUCACCAGCAGCAGCGCCAGCAGCAGGUGUCGAAUGUACUGAACCGGUCCCCGACGUCGCCGUAUUCUCCGGGCAGUUCCGAAGGCGACGACUUGUUUGCACCGCCGCCCGACGACGUGCUCAAGUCGAGAACCAAGUCCAAGAAACCCGACGCUCGGAAAACGAGAUCGCCGAAGAAACAGAUGUCAUCGCGAGGACAAUACGAUAAACCCAAGUUGUCGAAAACCGCGUUUGAUGCACUGUUCCAGGGAAGCCCUUCCUCACCUCAACCCGCGAGAGGGGAUAAGCGAGAUGGGCACAAGAAGCCGAAAAGUGAUGCUACAGGUAAAGAAAACGGGAACUCGAGGAUCUUGGAAGACUUGCCGAGCUCUGCAGUAGACAUGCAGAUCAAGGAUAAGUUCUUUGAGAAAGUGCAACGGCAGAACCGAGCAGCGGAGGAAGUUAAACUUGCCCUCAAGCCGCAUUACUCAGCUCGACGAAUAAGCAAAGAGGCUUACAAGGCGAUACUGGGGAAAUGCGUUCCGAAGAUCACGAAGAACAAGAAGCCCAUAAAUCCCAUCAAGGUGCAACAACUGGUGGACAUGUACGUAACGCGGGAGGCGAAGAACCGGAGGAAAUCUCAUGCUUGAGAACUUUGUAGAGAUGGACGAUUGAGUGGUGAAAGGGAAGAGGAGGAACGGACGGUUUUUUUUUUUGGAUGUAAGCCCAGGAACAAUUUUCGUCUCUGCGACCGGAUUUGUUUUUGUUUCUUGUGUGCAGUCGUAUUAUUUCUGGUUAGAAUUUUGACCGACCAAGUACCGUGUUCGGUUUUGUUCGUUUGUUUGUUUUGUUUCCGCUGUUGCGUAGACUCCUUGCGAAGAACACCCACUCGCCUUUUAUUACCCACUCGCCUUUUUAUUGUUUUCAUGUGAUUAUGCGUGCGUGUGCGUCAUCGGGGAGGUUUAAAUUAAAAUUUGAGUUUUUUCAUA